AUGUCUGAAGUAGCUGCAGACUAUUAUGAGGAGUUUUUUAAGGAACCAAAUGAUAUUAUUAGACCGCAUCCAUAUGCUGACACUCCUAUGAUAGAUGAGGAAAUGAGCACCGAGAGUAUCCCUCCUGCUACCGCCAAAGAAGUUCUAGAAGUAGUUAGCUCUCGUAAAUUUAAGAGGUCUUGUGAUUCAAAAGGAUUAUCAAAUUAUAUGUUUCGUUUUCUGCCUCGGAAUUACUGGUCAUUACUAUUACAAAUAUUUAAUACAUCCUUUACUGAAGCUCGUUUUCCUGAUAGUUGGAAGGAGGUUAAAAUGUGGUUAUUAGCUAAAAAAGAAUCUGUUUGUCUUCAUGAUUCAACCAGACCUAUCUCUUUAUUAAAUACUUUUCUAAAAAUAGAUGAGAAGCUUUUUUUAACACGUUUUCAAGAUUUACUUCACCGCAGAGGUUUAUUACCAGAUUCGCAAUCAGGUUUUCGACAAUAG